GACAUUCAUCUUGGUUGAGCUGCUGAGAGAAGAUGGCUACAGUUCCUGCUGGUCCCGAUUUGAGAAUCGUGAUGAUCGGAAAAACUGGUGUGGGCAAGAGCGCCGUUGGAAACACCAUUCUGGAAGAGAAAUGCUUCAAAUCCUGUCCGAGCUCCGAGUCAGUGACCGAGACCUGCAAGAAAGGUGUGAAACAAUGGGGCAACAGGGUGGUCAGUGUGGUAGACACUCCAGGCAUCCUGGACACCAAGAUGCCCCAAGAAUUCAUGAAAAGAGAAAUCGUGAGGUGCGUGGAAGUCUCGUGUCCCGGUCCACACGUGUUCCUGUUGGUCAUCCAGGUGGGUCGAUUCACCAACGAGGAGAAGAACUCCGUGGAAGCCCUGCAAGAGCUGUUCGGUAAAAACGCCAACCAGUACAUGAUCGUGCUGUUCACCCGGGGCGGCGAUCUCGGGGACAUGACCAUUCAAGAGUACGUCCGUGAGGGCAAGCCCGAGCUUCGAAAGGUCAUCCAAAGCUGUGGAAACAGGUUCCACGUCUUUGACAACACCAGCAAAGACAGAGGCCAAGUGGUGGAGCUGAUCAAGAAGAUCGACGACAUGUUUGCUGCCAACGGAGGGGCGCACUACACAGACGCCAUGUACAAAGAAGUGACGGAGAAGCAACCAAAGUCAAAGGAGAGGGUGGAUGCCGUUGUCCACUAUGACUUCCUCGGCUCACUGAUGAAACGUGUGAUACUUUUUCAUUAUAUUCUUGGAAGAGACUAACGCACCACAUCAGUAGUCCUUUCUUCUUGUCUGUUGUGUUAAAUGUAAACUCGUCUGUGCAAAGCAAAUCUAUUUUACUGACCUACCAAGACUCACAGCAUCAACAUCCAGUCAGCACAGGACUGCUUCUCUGCCAAUGUGUUAAAAUAUAUGUAAAAAAUGUCAAGUCAAGUGAUUUUGAUUUAUAUAACCCAUUACACAAAUCACAAAUUUGCUCCAGUAAACUUUAUGUAUAUGUCGUUGAAAGUAAAAAUGUUUCUCAGAGUCCUGGAGACAAUACGAUUUAAAGGUGUGCUGCUAGUAUUUCCUUGUCUCUGCUACACAUAAAGACAUUCUGGACGUUGCAGUGUGUAUAAUUACGGUGGUUUGGUAUUUCUGGACUCAACAGAUUGCUGUUUAAUUUUCACUUAUUGUUAAUUACUUUGAAUUGAUUUAAUGUGUGUGCCCUUAAAAGGUCAUUUGUUUUAUGCUGUUGAAUGAUGAAAUAAAAAUAUGUAUAAUCAUCC